AUGGAAAUAUGUUGGAUGGGUCAUAAAAAGCGGGGAUGGACCGAUAUGGGGUGGAAGUGUGAGCACCGCAAGAGUACUGCCGGCAGCGAACGUGAUUCAUGCGCACGACACGUUUUUUAUAUUUUGGUGCAGGGAAAUAAAAAGGUGUACGACGGGCAGACAGACCGAAAAAACGUGCAGAGGAGUGUUUUUGCGAUUUAAAACGCUGUGCACAAGCACCAACGUAUUUAUACGCUGCGAUGACCGCCCACGCUUUUUCUUAUCAUCCCUGCCGAGUAAUCCCUGCCUUCGCCCGCUGCUACCACGUUUUGCCCAGUCCAUGAUCAUGCAAAGCAUGCGUGUGCAUAAAAGUGGCGUGGCCAUGAACGAACACACUUUUUGAAGAAGCGCUGACCAUCGCCACAGCAAUUUUAAAAAAUUUUUGCAAAUUACCCCACCCCACAUGCAGGCACAGUACGCAUUCGUAAAACAGCACCUCCUCAAAGACACGCUCUCAGCACUCGGCAAGUUUGUAUCGCACCGGCGUGCUCAGCGUCGCCUCCAUCCAAGCGAGUGUCUGGUACGCGUAGAUCAUGUGCACUCGAAAGACGAGGCACAGAAGUAUGUUGGCAACGAGGUUGAGCUGUUCAAGAUGUACGUGAAGGACUCUAACAACGUGGUUAAGAGCGUGAAGGGACGGGUUGUUAAGGUGCAUGGGCGUAGAGGAGUGGUAAUUUGCAGGUUUGAUAGGAAUUUGUCGCCCACCGAGAUCAACACGAGGGUGUAUGUCAAGCUGUGUAAGGCGGAGGAGUACGAGUAAGAGAAAUAAACGAUAUUUUAUCAGUUGUUGG